AUGCUACUCAUCACCAGCAAUCCCUAUGACUAUGCCUUCAUCUCCCAAGGAGAGACUGCUGUAACUCCGAUCAAUGAUGCAGAUGAGCUAAUGGCUACUGAUGAUGCCUUUAAUGUGUUUGGAUUUGCCCAAGAAGAGAUUAAUGGCAUUUAUAAGCUGACUGGUGCCAUCAUGCACUACGGCAACAUGAAGUUCAAGAAUAAACAGCGGGAGGAGCAAGCAGAGGCAGAUGGCACUGAGGAUCUUGACAAAGCUGCAUAUCUGAUGGGUCUGAACUCUGCUGACCUAGUCAAGGGUCAUCCUUACGCAAAUGAAAUCUGA